AGCGGGAUUGUGAAUCCAAAAACGCGCGCGAGGACACGCAUUCAGACUAGCACAACCGUGUGACGCACCGUCGUCACACGCCCUCACCAGCGCGGUCUUCUGGUCGAUGGACGACGCGCAGCAGGCUCGGCAGGACGCCGAGGCUCCGGCUGAUGACCCUGGCGCGGCGGCGGAGCCCCUGCUGGCUGCUGGGCGCGGGCGGCGCCGCCGGUGGAGCGUGCCGUGGCUCACCGUCGUUGGGUUCGCGUUCCUCACGUUCAACAGUGGCAUGGCCAUCUACCGGUCCGGCGGCGAGCGCUGGGCGGUCGCCUUCGUGGCCUUCUCGUACCUGGACCUGGUCCUGCUCUUCGGCUGCCUCCGGCUGUACGAGACCGCGGAGCCCGGCUCCGCCAGGAGGCCCCGGCUCAAAGUGGCCGUGUGGACGCUCACGACGGCGCUCACGGUGCUCUUCUCGGCCAAGGUCGCCGCCGUCAUGCCCGCCGCCGUGGCCGUGGUGGUCUGGGUAAUGGCGUUCGCCACUAUCGCCGGAGGCUUCUAUGCUUUCUUCCUAUACAGCGACAAGCAUGGAGAUAUAUAGUUCGUCGCCGUGUGUUUUCUUUUACGAUUUACUCGCUCUGUUUUAAAUUAUUAGUCACUAGUGCAUAACGUGCGCUAUCGCGCGCGGACCUGUAAACUCUGUAUCACUCCUUGUAAGACAAUUUAUAUCUAAGUUCAAUCAUUGUGUCAAUAGCAUCACAUUAACAAGCUGCA